CAUUUGAGCGUAUCUGUUUGGAUUUGCUUUUUGAGUAUCUUAAUCCUGUGAUAAGGUGAAAAUCAUAUUGUUUGCAUGCUUUAAAACGGUUUUAAAUUUGUUGAUUACUAAUUUUCAAUAGAUUGUGACUGAAUUUUUGAAAAUAUAUUCUGUAAGUUGAUUUCUCAAAAUGCCUGUUCCACAAGGUGUCCCUAAAGGUGAAUCACAAUGCUUACAAAGAGUUAAAAUGGGCUUUGCAAUUGGAUUCAUGGUUGGCAUGGGCUCUGGUUUUCUUUUCGGAGGUUUCUCUUCUUUCCGUGCUGGUCUUAGAGGAAUAAAUUUAUUAACUAAUACUGGUAAAGUAAUGGUUCAAGGUGGAGGAACUUUUGGUACAUUUAUGGCUAUUGGAUCAGCAAUUAGAUGUUAAUACUGUAAAAUCGAACUCUAGAGUAACCAAGAUUAAUUAUUCCUUGCCCGCUUUGAAACUGGAAAAAUCAGACUGUAUAAUUCGAUAUUUCAAUGUUCAUGCCUGUAGAAUGCCAAAUUUUGUACUUCGCUAUUCUUCAAGUACUAUUCUAGUUGAAGUGUUUUUUCUGAUUCUAUUUAAAUAACACUCUGUUUCAUCAACAA